CCCGAGCAGGGCUGCCCCGUGCCCCGGACCAGGGAGCCCUUUGCUGGGGGUGCGCGCCCCAGGGAGUGCCCCCGGCCCUCGCGAGAGCCUCUCACCGUGACUCUGGGCUGGCCCGGGCGGGCGGCCGAGGCUGGCAUGGGCCGGCCCGGGGUGGGAGCGGGUCCCUGCGGGCGGCGCACGGGAGAGCAGUGCAGGGAAGCCAUGUCCCAGCCCGGCUCCGCUUGCCAGCCGCCGCCGGACGUUGACACAGAUGACUGUCUCCAGGACUAUUCCUACCUCUUUAGCCCGGAUAUCCUCAAGGGCAAAGUUGCGUUCAUCACUGGAGGCGGCUCUGGGAUUGGAUUCCGGGUAGCGGAGGUUUUCAUGAGGCAUGGCUGCCGUACAAUCAUUGCCAGCAGGAACUUGCAGAGAGUAGCUGAGGCUGCCAAGAAGCUGGAGGCUGCUACUGGUCAGCGAUGCCUGCCUCUUUCUCUAGACGUCCGGCAGCCCCAAACCAUCCUGGCAGCGGUGGACGAGGCUGUGAAAGAGUUUGAACGAAUUGACAUCCUCGUUAACAAUGCUGCUGGUAAUUUCCUGUGCCCGGCCAGUGCUUUGUCCUUCAAUGCCUAUAAGACAGUGAUCGACAUUGACACCCUUGGCACCUUCAAUGUCUCCAAAGUGCUCUUUGAGAAAUGCUUGCGGGACCAUGGCGGGGUUAUAGUUAACAUCACAGCGACUUUGAGCUACAGAGGACAGGCUCUCCAGGUGCAUGCUGGGACGGCUAAGGCGGCUGUAGAUGCAAUGACCAGGCACCUGGCAGUGGAGUGGGGGCCCAACAACAUCCGUGUCAACAGUCUGGCACCAGGCCCCAUUGCGGGCACCGAGGGAUACCGGCGACUCGGUGGUGCUCGUGCAGAAGCGGACAGCUACUUUGAUACAGUGCCCCUCCAUAGGGCAGGGAAUAAGACGGAGAUUGCCCACAGUGUGCUGUACUUGGCGAGCCCCUUGGCAUCCUAUGUGACUGGCACAACCCUGGUGGUGGAUGGUGGGAGCUGGCUGACCUCCCCUAACAACUUCCCUGCGCUGUUGGAUCAUUGGGCCAUGGAAGUGAAGAAAGACAAAUGAUGGACGACCAGGGACUGACAGGACGCUGAGCAAACACUACGACACAGGGUCAGGGGACAGCCAUGACCUCUGGCCAUCAGCCGUUGGGAUGACCUUGCUGGGGCAAAAGUGAAAAUGGCAAAGUUGAAGAUUCAAUGUUCGUGUCUCACCAGUGCAUCAUUGUACUACAGAUGCUGGAAGAAGCAAGAGGUUCUGGCACUUGGGGAAAUGUGCAGCAGGCAGUUUGGGCUCUAGGAUAAGCACCCAAGCCAAAUGAUCAAGAGUGGUAGUGAAAUAGUGAAUGUGGACAAUGGGAUCUUAAUAGUGUAUAUUUCACACUCACCACUGAAAUGGAUGGGGCAGUUCACACCUCACAGCCUGUGGUUUCAGGCUGCCUGCACACUCAGGCAGACAACACAUCAGUUAUGCUCAAUUCACAUUUGAAAGACGAGUUCUUACGGUUGCAAAGAAAAGGCAGCUUUGCUGUUUAUUUGAGCUUUGCUGCUGGAUCCAGGAUUCUGCGUUGUGCGUGGGGCCCUGACUCUGGCAAUUAGGGUAUAUCUAAACUUGAAACGCUACAGCGGUACAGCUGCAGUGGUUCCAUGCGGACAACAGCGACGAGAGGGGUUCUCCCAUCAGCUGAUGGAAUCCACCUCCUGUGAGGCAGGAGCUAAGGCAACAGGAGAACUCUGUCGUUGAUCUAGCGUCGUCCACACCGGGCUUAGGUUGGCUUAACUGUGUCGCUCAGGGGUGUGGAUUUUUCACACCCCCUUGAGAAACGUGGCUAUCCCGAUAUAGGUUUUCAGUGUAGACUGGCCCUUACAGACAGUAACUGGUCCUGCUGCCAUCCUGUGGGUUACGUCUGGAUUAUCAGCCCCAUUUCACAUGUGAGGCUAUGAGGCAGAGAGAGAGGGAAAGCAACUUGCCCAAGGUCACUCAAGGCGUGAGGGCCAGAUCCAGCAUUAGGACUCCCUGAGCAGUUCCUGGUUCCUAGCCCUGUAUUUAAACAGCUAGAACACAUGGGACACAUCUGGCUCAGGAUAAAGAGGUUAUAACAAUGGGAGGUAACUAGCCAGCCAGCAGCUUGUCCUUGCUCAGACUUACUUGGUAGCAGCAGGUUUAGAAUUCUAGUUUUGGUUCAGCACCCAGAGAGAAGGGAAGCACCUUGAAGGAGAGGCCCAUGAGGGUGGUUUCUUUGCCUGCCUGUAGUGGGUCUUUGGAAGGAUCCCUAAUGCCUGUAAUACAUCAGCCCUUCGCGUGGCUGAUCUAGCAAUGGGUUGUAUCCCACAGAAUAUUCUAGCUCUUUCAGAUCUAAAACUGACUAUUUCUUUUCUGGUUGCCCCAAAUCUUCCCUAAUGUUCAAAAUCAGAGAGGGAGAUUUGAAACAAGCGUAUCCUGCAUCUGACCCUGUCUCCACUAGCUCCGAGAUUUUCCCAAAAGUCUCCUAGGCCCAGAUCCACACAGCUAGUUAGGCUCCGAACUUCCACAGAAAGCAACAGAAGUUAGGAGCCUAAAUACCUUCAUGGUCCUAAGCCCUGAUCACUCUGUGCCUCAGUUUCUCUAUCUGUAAAACGGGGAAUGAUGGUAGUAGGCUACCUCUCCAGUGUACUGCGAGGAUUAACUCCUGCCUGUAAAAUGCUUUAAAGAAGAAAUUGUUAUCUAAGGGCAUGGUUACACUUGCAGAUGUAGCGCGCUUUGAGUUAAACCAGCCUUCAUAGAGAGCAGUAGGGAAAGCGCUGCAGUCUGUCCACACAGACAGCUUCAAGCGCACUGGCGUGGCCACAUUUGUGGCACUUGCAGCGGCAUUGGGAGCGGUGCAUUAUGGGCAGCUAUCCCAGCAUGCAAGUGAGUGCAGCAUGCUUUUCAAAUGGUGGGGGUGGAGUGUGACAGGGAGUGUGUUGUGUGUAUGUGGGGGGAGAGAGUGGGUUUUUGGGGGGCUGAGAGCAUGUCAGCAUGGUGUCUUGUAAGCUCAGACAGCAGCAAACCCCCCUCUCCCCUCCCCUGCACUUCUCUCGCUCCCACACAGCAUUCCACACUAAUGGUUGCUUUGUCUCGGAGCAGAUAAGCAGCUGGCUGUCAGAAAUGGAGCUUUCAAAGGGCAUUUCCGCAUUCCUGUAGCGAUUCAAAAACAAUGACAAGAGUGGUCACUUGACUUAAGGGGAUUAUGGGAUGUUUCCGGAGGCUGAUCAGAGCGCAGUAAAGCAACACCUCAUUCACACUGGCGCUGCAGCGCUCCAGCGGAGGGCGCAGCAAACAUUAUUCCACUUGCCGAGGUGGAAUACCAGCAACGCUGUAGCUGCGGAGUCAGAGCGCUCUACGUGCUUUGCCAGUGUGGACGGGUAGUGAGCUAGUGCGCCCGGGGCUCUUUUAUUGCACUGUAACUCGCAAGUGUAGCCAAGCCCUAAGUUAUCCUAGGUUUGUGUCCAGCAAGCGUUGCUUCUGAGUCCCAGCCUCUCAAGCUACAGCCCAGUACAUCAGACCUUUGCAUAUCUGUGCAGUACUCAAUGGUAGGAAAUGAGGUGAAAUUCACCACAGCCAGAAUCAGUACAGCAGUGUCAGUGCUAGCUUGUCUCUUUAGUCUGGCUGCAGUUAGCAGGGCUCUGAGGCAAUGCAGUCAGACUAGCUUGUGGAGCAGCUCAGAACUGGAUGAGAGCUGAGACAGAGCCUUUAUUGCUGCUGAUUGAUGUGUUUGAAAACCCACCCCUGCCUCCUGUGAUUUUGCUGAACACAAACUACCUUCUGCCACGGAGCAACUGGAAUGCCAGUCUACCAAAUGCCAGAGGUAUAGCUUCACCAGUGCUAAAUUUCUCAAAUAUACUCCUGUAAUCCUUGAGGGUGGAGGAUUCCCGCUGUGCACUGGCACAGUCCUUGUUAAGGAACUGAACAGAGGCAGAAAAUUCUCUCCCUAACAGUGGUGCAGAUUUGAUCGGAUACCACUCAUCAUUGCACCAUAGGCAGCAGCCCCUGAAUCAGUCUGUGAACCCAGAGAGAACCACAGGGUCUCUGUCCGGCAGCCUAUGUAAAGAAUCCUAUUUACAUCCAUUACAACAGAGUCCUGUCUCUUCUGUGUUGCUACAGACAGUACAAUCAUUAGGUAAAUCCAGGAUUUUGGUGCCCAGCAGGAAUAGAUCCUUUCUAAAUGGACAAAUCAGCUGAUCUUCCACUGCCCAGUGCAUGCUAGCACUGCACCAUAGAAUAAACUAAAUGCCACGCAGAAGGGGUGUGAGUGACUCCUAGAAAGGAUUUAGCACGGGGUGAACAAACUUUUUGACCUGAGGGCCACAUCUGGGAAUAGAAAUUGUAUGGCAGGCCAUGAAUGCUCACAAAAUUGGGGUUGGGGUGUAGGAGGGGGUGAGGGUUCUGGGGUGGAGCUGGGGAUCAGGUGUUUGGGGUGGAGGAGGGGGCGCCAGGCUAGGAUCAAGGGGUUCAGAGGGCAAUAGGGGGAUCAGGGCUGGGGCAGGAGGUUGGAGUGUGGGAAGGGGUGCAGGUUCCGGAUGGGGGAGCAGUCUCUGGGGAUGGGGGGUUUGGGGUGCAAGAGGGUGCUCUGGGCUGGGAUCAAGGGGUUCAGAGGGUGAGGGGGGAUAAGGGUUGGGGCAGGUGUUUGGGGUGCAAGGAGAGGCUCAGGGGUGCAGGCUCCAGGCAGCACUUACCUCAAGCGGCUCCCGGAAGCAGCAGCAGCAUGUUCCUUCUCCACCUCCUAUGCAGAGGCACGGCAAGGCAGCUGUGCAUGCUGCCCCAUCUGUAGGCACCGCCCCUGCAGCUCCCAUUGGCUGUGGUUCCCUGCCAAUGGGAGCUGCAGGGAUGGCACUUGGUGUGAGGGCAGCAUGCAAUGCGGAGGCCCAUGCCUGCUCCUAUGCGUAGGAGCUUGGGGAGGGGCCAUGCUGCUGCUUCCGGGAGCCACAUGGCAUGGUCCCCAACCCUGCUCCCUGGCUGGAGCGCCAGAGCGGGGCAAGCCCCAGACCCCACUCCCCAGCGGGAGCUUGAGGGCUGGAUUAAAACAGCUGGCGGGCUGGAUCUGGCCCACCUGCCAUAGUUUGCCCACCCCUGAUUUAGCAGGUCCAUGCCACUCUCUCGGUGCUAGAAAUAAUCUGUUUCUAAUUUUGUAAAAGCUUGUUUUAGAAGAUUCUGUUUCUUAUUUGAUUGUGGUUUUGCUGACUGAUCCUUCCUCCAAGUUAACACUAAAGAAUGAACCCCAUCUGAGCGAUCAUGUAGUUACCCACCAGUGUUUUAUUCUGCUGACUAACCUCUGCCUCGAAUCAUUGUGGGUUUGAAAAGACACGGUAAAUCUUCAUUUCCUCUCACGUUCUUAAUAGAGCUUAGAACAGUAGCAAUUGAAAAUUUAAAAGAUCCAUGCAGCUCUUGGAUUGGAGCAGGUGACAAGCUUUGUAUGCGGACCCAAGGCUGUUGAGCCAACCAGUUUGCUGCAUGAAAGGCUAAUGAAAAUGAGACCAAACUCCUUAGCCAGGCGGUGUUCUUCCUGCAUCACAAAGGAUGGAGAUUUCCUGCCUUCUUCACAAUAGCAGCCUGAUCCAAAGCCCGGUGAAGCCAGUGGGCUUUGGAUCAGGUUGUUAGAGAGGGUAAUUGUAAAACUAGAAGUGUCGCUUAAGCACCUAUGAAAUGCCAUGUAGGGUUUAUAGUCACUAGGUGGGAGCUCUGCAGUGAGUACAUACACCCAUAACAGUGACUCAGUAAACCCAAAGGUGUCCUAUCUGUUAUAUAUUAGCUACAAGAGGUCAUGUUACAAAUACUUUCUCCCCCCACCAUUGCCACACCUCAAUAAAUAGGGAUUGCAUAGGGGAGUUCCGCAAGGCUUUGGGGCAUUACCUAGCCCAUUGGCUUAAGUAGUCUCAGCAAUUGCUGCAUGCCUCACUCUCCUACUGUCUCUGGCCAGGGGAUCUCUAGCUGUAGAUGCCUUGGCAAAGCCCCCAUUUGUGAGGAGCUCUGUCCUGUGCAGAAGGUGCUGCUGCGUCCAGACCAUCCUGCUGCCCUUACUUGAGUCUGAGCUCUGACCCUUAGAGAGUCACCAGCAUGCUGCCUUGGUACAGUGCUAUCCUGCACCAGAUCUAUAACUACCAUUCACCGCAGUUAAGCAAAAUGCUGUCACGUAUCAGGCAAUGCCUGACUACAAAGGUACAUCUGCCCUGCAGGCCUCUGGAUUCUUCCAGGUGAGGGAAUCUUAGCACACAACAAUGGGGGGUGGGGGGAGAGGAAUUAAAUCAACCACUUCCUGCAGUAAACUACCCAGGAGAACAGGUCUGAGGGAAGCCCCCAUGCACCUGAGUAUGCACACAAAUUACACAUGAAAUAUUUGAAAAAUGCAGACAAUUGUCCCAGUUUGCAAUAAGACACACCUCUCCGAGCAGGUCUGUAGCAGCAGUAGGAUUUAGUAUUCUACAGACACCAUCAGUGAGGAAUAUAACUAGGGAAUAAGUCUCUAAACAUCAGUUGUCAAUGGGAACAAGCGAACCAAACGCCAUAGAACAGGCCUUUGCUAAUCUCCAAUUUGAGUACAGACUCUUUUCCAGAGCGCAGCAGGGAGCUACUGGAUCAUUAAGACGGUUAAUGUCACUCACAGGAUGUUUGCCAGGAGCUCUGGGCUCAUUCCUGCUCCUGUUUCAGUCAACAGGAAUUUUGCUGUUGACUUCAGUGGGAGUAUUAAAGAGUUACAGCUCUACUGCACUUGUCAGAUCUACACACACUCUUACUCUCCUUGACUCUUAAGUGGGUUCUUUGCUCGUUAAGUCAUGGGAUUGACCCCUCUGCGCUGGAGCUCCCAGUCUUGGUUAGCAAGGCCAUGCCAUUUUCAGCACUCUUGUGGCAGAGACUGGGUAGGGGUGCUAAGCAAGGGGAGUGGAAGUUUGGCAGCGUAAGUAUUGUGGUAUGCUGUGUGUCAGUAAAUGGAGCACUUGUCCUGCCCCAGCAUGAAUGAGGGUCUUGUCUGGGCCCACUCUGAGCGCUACACCUGCUUUUAGGGAUGUAAGUGUCUAUAGUGCCAGAUUCGUUGGCUCUGCUGUGUGGCAAGAGGCUGAUGCUCAGGCUUUAUCUGUUGAUAAUGCUCCUGCACUCUGGCUUCUGACCUGUAGAUGCAUUUCAGCUCUCACCCAGCUUAGCUCCCAGAAGCAGCUCCAUUGUCCAAUGCCAGGGUGAGGAAACUUAAGCAGAGCUGCCCUUUUUUCUGGUGCUAGUUAGUGGUGCCUUUCUAAAUUUCAAUUAAUUUUGAAAACCAUCUCCAAGUGAGCUUGAAAUGGUUUGUCAAAAUUGAUUUCUCCAGGGAGCUAAACAAGUAAUGACAUGAAAUUCCAUUCCUUGGUGGAAGAUGCUGUGAUGCACCAUCAGCUGCCUCUUCACUGCAUGUUCGAUAAGAUUGCCUCAUUCGGGGGCAGCUCUAAAUUUUAACCAGUGCUAUUUGCACACAGCAUAGGGAGCUGUGAGUGAUGAUUGGAAGAAGGAGGUGAUGUGCUGCUGAAAGGCCAGCUAUUCAGAGGUCUUGGGAUCAGUGUGUAUGGGGUGGGGAGAGAUGGGGUUGUCUCCUUGAGAUCCAUGGCUGCAGUGUUUCUGGAUUAGCCUUCAUGGCACACAGAGAGGGAGGAGCAGGGUCCCAUUCCCCAAACGAUUUAAAUCCACUUUGCUCUCAUUGCUAAGUUUACUUAGCUGUUCUGGAUUGUUUUGUUAAUGUCCCAACUGGGGGCUCUCCCCUUCAGGCAAAGCCCUUUGUUCCAGAGCUCCUGCUGGCCAAAGAAAUUCAUAGAGUGUAAAUCCAGAAUUAGAUAAUCUACUCUGACCUCCUGUAAAUCACAGGCCAUUAAAUUUCACCCAGUUUCCCCUGCACUGAGCCCAAUAACUUGUGUUUGAGUAAAGCACAUCUUCCAGAACAGCAUGCAGUCUUGAUUUGAAUACACCAAGAGAUGGAGAAUUCACCACUUCCCUUGGGAGUUUGGUCCAGUGUUUAAUCACCCUCACCUAAAAAUGUGUGCCUUAUUUCCAAUUUGAAUUUGUCAGCCCUCUGCUUCUAGCCAUUGGUUCUUGUUAUGUCUUUCUUUGCUAGAUUAAAGAGCUUGUUAAUACUUGG